AGCAAAGGGUACUGUUGGUGGACGUUUUCCUGAACCAGCACUUUAUUGUGUUUGACGUCUGCGAUGCGAGACUGCUGUAAUGCGAAUAUUUAACUUUUAUAGCACUUUAUAUUAACUCGUCACCGUUACAUCCGCAUUCGUCAGCUAGCUAGCGUCCAUCUGAGUCCAUCUGAGCAAAGCUACGGACAGCUACCGGGACAAAAGUGAACUUUUUAUAAUCCUUUAACGGUGAGCAGCAGAAGAAGGAGCUGACACCGAUGUAAAGUCUUUGGCCUCACCUCUUGAAAAUGGACUUCGAGGAUUCAGCAAUGGAUUUUCACCAAUAAGUGCUCCUUACUUCGCGGCGAGCAUCUGCUUUGCAAGCUGUGCAGUCCAUCAACAUGUUUUAUCGCCAUGGGAUGACUGAUUAGGGAAUCUGUGGCAGUCAGUAUUUUUGCUGAAAUGUUCUGCACAGAGGAAAUAUCUUAAACUAUCAUCAAUUAACUAAUUAGCAGCAUUUAACUGUUUUCAAAUCAGCAACAUCACAAACAGCCAUGGGCUUCUGUUCACCUGUGUGCAAGAUUUUGCGCAGGGGGAAGUAUUUUGUACUGCUUAUCCUCUCACUGUCAGUGCUGGCAUGGAUAGCUACCUUUUCAGGGGAAACUGUCAAGUCUGUUCUGGUUUCAUCUGCCACAACACAAGCUCUGGUCAAAGAAGUGACUUUGAGGGACAAACUCAACUCCUGGACAGCAGCACCUGAUCGUGUAAAUACUCAACCACUAAAAACGGAAUGCCCUGAGAAGUCACCAUUGCUGCAGGGUGCUUUGAAUCUGUCCUUUGAGUCCUCUCUGAAACUGAAGGAUGUUGAGGGUGACAACAAGGACGUGAACGAAGGCGAGUAUGAGCCGUCAGACUGCAUGGCGAGGCAGAGCGUAGCGAUCCUCAUCCCGCAUCGCAACCGAGAGAGACACCUCCUCUACCUCCUGCACCACCUGCAUCCCUUUCUGCAGCGGCAGCAACUACACUACGCCGUCUAUGUCAUCCAACAGGCUGGCGAUGCAACUUUUAACCGUGCCAAGUUACUGAAUGUUGGCUAUUUGGAGGCACUGAAGGACUACAGUUGGGAGUGUUUCAUCUUCCAUGAUGUGGAUCUGGUUCCUGAAAAUGAUCACAAUUUAUACAUGUGUGACAAGCAGCCUAAACACUUGGUGGUUGGUCGGAAUGCAACAGGAUACAAGCUGCGUUACAAAGGCUACUUUGGAGGAGUCACUGCCAUGACCAAAGAACAGUUUCUUCAAGUGAAUGGAUUCUCCAACAUUUACUGGGGUUGGGGUGGAGAAGAUGAUGACCUUCGCAUCAGAGUUGAGCUGCAGAAAAUGAAGAUUGUGCGGCCACCCGCUCAAGUAGCCCGCUAUACCAUGGUGUUUCACAAGCGGGACAGUGGCAAUGAAAUAAACAAAGACAGAAUGAAGUUGCUCGGACGAACACCACAUGUAUGGAGAAAGGAUGGACUCAACAGCUGCUCUUAUAAGACUCUGUCAGUGGAGAGGCUACCUCUUUAUGUGAAUGUUACUGUGGACAUUGGUAAGCCACAGAGUUGAGAUCUCAAACAGGAACCCUUGCUGUGACCAAAAAGAAACAAAAUCUGAUCUGUUUGAUAAAGUCCAGGCCACUGAGUGCAGAAAAGCUACUACAUGUGAGUACAGGACUACUUACACAGAAUGCACAUUGUUUUGAUUAGUUUAUGUAUUCAAAUUAAAUUCAGCCGCAUCUACAUUUGGCAUUAGCCGACACACUGUUGCAUAUCAUGCAGCCUUCAUUUCUUUAUAUUGUUACCAGCCUGCUGAAAAAAUAAAACAGGCUUUUCUUGCGAGGAAUGAUUGGCUUUGGUCAAAUAAGUUGGCCUUUAACUGCCAUUCCUAUUAUUUAAAUGUUUUGCCAAAACAUCCAACUAUUAGAUGUUGAUUUAUUUACACAUAUGCCUUAUUAUUUGCCUGCAUGAUGUACACAAAUUAACAAUGUGUAUUUUGUGUGCUUCAUAAUGUGGAUGCAUUGACAUCCUAAAGUUUGCCAAUGUCAGCUGGGACAGGCUCCAGCCAUCAACAACCCUAUACUGGUUACAGUGGGAACAGCUGAUGGAAACAAAUGCUUAACUAAACAGUGACACACUGAAAGCUUCACUGUAGCUGUUUUUACAUCAAAUGCAGCCAUUGGUUUGCCAGUUUUCAGCCAGAAACAUUUAAAAAGUCGGUGACAGACAUAAAGCAAACGAUACAAAAGAGCGCUGUGUGAGCAUAUUAAUGAAAUCCUAGUAGUCUUAAUGAUAUUAGAUAUCAGAGGUCUUCCUCGUCUUAAACUUGCCUGUAAAGUUACUGCUCUGUGUCCUAAAGUAGGUGUUUUUAAAAAUCUCGUUAGGUACAGAAUAAUGAUCUAGUUGAGUCCGAAAGAGGACGAUGGAUGAAUCUUGUGUGUAGAAGAAGGAAAACUCAAGCAAUAAUAAUAUAUGUAGAGCUGAUUCAUGAUCUAUGUUCAGCCGAUUGCAAAGCUAAAAUAGGUUGUUAUGUCCUGUCAUAGGUCUAAGUAGGCUGUGUAAACUUCUGACUGCUCGAGAAUCAACCCAAAUUAUUCUUAGCAUUUUUAGCAUUAUAUGCUAUAAAAAUAAGCUGUGGGCUGCUUUUAUUUAUAGAACAUGAGAACCUUGACCACACGUGGAUGUUACUGACCUGGAAAAUAGUUUUUUGAGCCAUAAUAAUAAAACGUGUUUUGUUACACUGCAUGUUUUUAUAUGUUUAUAAGUGGAACUUUUUGGGUGGUGGAUUAUUUAUUACUUUAACAUGUUUAAAAUGAUAAUUGUAUUAAGACCAAUCAACAUAACUUUCCUUAUUAUUAUAUGUGAAGAAAUUCAUGGAGGAAAAUCUGCAUAGUUGCUUUGAUCAUUGCAUGCUGCUUAUAAAUGUGUCUGAUAAACAUAUCAGAUUAGUCAAAUGAUUUUGUUUUACUUUAAUUGUGGCACACAAAUACAUGUUUUUAUUUAUCUGACUAGCAAAUCUUUGAAGACUGAGCAAUAUUACUGACUAUACUGACAGACACUACACUUUACUUCUCCACACUCCUUAUUGUAUAUUCAUAUUAACCCUUAACAAGACUUUGAAAAUAGACAGGGGCUGCUCUAAAUUGCAGAGUUGUGCAUGUGAAUUGUUGCACUUCUGAUGAGCUGAACUACUUUAUAAUUCUGCAGUAUGCUGUAGCCAGUAUGGAUACAAGGUUCCUAUGUUGUUGGUGGGCUGAUGGUCCGUUCCUUUCAUGGUUGCAUCUCCACUUCUGAAUGUAUGUUUUGUUUUCUACUGUGGGAUUAUAACUUUUAUAUGAUAAAAAUAUUCCACAUGCACACGUUAAACUACAAGUUCCCAGCAAAGAUUUUGUAAAACGAUCACAACCAAGUAAAUCAUGUGGUAAUAUUGUAGCAUUUUCAGAAUUUGACUGACUUUCAAAUACUUCCAAAUUCAAAGUAAUACUAUAUGAACUCUGAGAAUGUCAUGUGGAUUUUGUUUCAAAUGUUUGAUUUGUUGUUUCAUUUGAGUUCAUGGGAGAAGACUGAUCAUGGUAGAGGAGGUAAUUAUGCAUUUCAUUUCUAAUGGGGUUGCUUUCUCUUUAGAGCACAUGUAUAAUAAAUAUUAUUUUUUCCUAUGAA